AUGAGCGCUUCACCUCCACCUACUCCGCCUUCAAGAGCACCGGAUUAUGGAGAGCGGCGAUUCAAGGAUAUCAUAUCGGCCUGCGAAUGGGUUGAGGACUAUCACCCAGGUGGCUACCAUCCCGUACACCUCGGUGAUUCCUUCAAUGAUGGUCAAUACAAGGUCAUCCGAAAACUGGGAGAGGGCUCUUACUCAACUGUCUGGCUUGCGCGUGACCAGAUUAACUCGCGCUAUAUUGCCCUGAAGAUUCUUGUCUCGAAAAAUGAAGAGCUGAGUCAUGAGCUGGAUAUCUUGCACCAUCUCACCAAGGUUACUCCCAAAGAUGGGCCUCAGCACAUCACUCAACUUUUGGCAGAGUUCGACCACGAGGGCCCAAACGGCAUCCACAAAUGCCUCGUGUUCGAGCCCAUGGGACCGUCCGCUAAUUCAAUGGUGUAUGAGCUGCCCCAGUUUAAACCACGCAUGUAUGGAAUGGAGAUUCGAUAUCCUCCCCAGCUGGCGAAACGCAUCCUCAAACAGGCUUUGCAAGGCCUGGAUUUCCUUCACAAGAACGGCAUCGCACACGGAGACUUUCAGCCUGGCAACAUUCUAUUUGCGACCGAGUCCAUCGAUUCUUACGAUGAAGCUUCACUUCGCCAGGAAGAGAAUGUCGAGACACACUCGAUCUCAGCUCCUUUGGAGAGACUGGAUGGUAAGGAAGACAAAUGGGCUCCACGAUAUCUGUGCAUGGCACAGCCUUUAGCGGCCUACGCGAGGUUCCCCGAGGACCUUCAAGUCAAGUUGUCUGACAUGGGAGGAGCGUACUUUCUCGACAGCCCUCCCGAGAAGCCCCUCACCCCACGUGGACUCCGCGCCCCAGAGCUUGUUCUCAAAGGAGAAGUUGACAAGUCUCUCGACAUCUGGAGCCUUGGCUGCCUUGUAUUUGAACUAGUAACCGGAGAACAACUCUUCUGCAUCCCUGGCUACAGUAACAAGACCUACGAAGAUGACAAUCAUAUCCUGGAGCUUGAGGCAAAGCUUGGCCCGUUACCAGAUGAGCUUUACAGUCUUUGGGAGACUUCGUCGCAAUAUUACACCAAAGACAGGAAGUUGUACAAUUGCGCCCUUGGUGGUGUUGCUGAGGGUGAAGAACCUCUCAUGCUGGAACAAUUAUCUAUGGAGGCUGCUUUUGACCUGACCAAGCCGGAACUAUCCGUUGAGGAGGGGGACAAGGUGAAGAAACUCAUUCGACGGAUCCUUCAAUACGAUCCUUCCAAGAGGCCUUCAGCUGAGGAGAUUCUUUGUGAUCCGUGGUUUGCGGAUGAGUUGGAUUAA